CCGACUUGUUCUAGGGUUCCUUCUCAUUUUCUCUCUCCCUUUCACUCUAACCGCACCUUCUCAGCCCUCGUCUCCGCCGCGACAUUCCUCGCCGGCUUCUCGGAAACGCCGUGACCUUAGCCGCGCGGCGCCUUCUCGUCUUCGCCUUCCAGGAUGUGGAUGGUUGAGGGACUGAACAUUUAGCAUAUGGCUUCAAGUGUGGUUGUAUUUAAUUCUUAUGAGAUGGGUUGCAUGUUGAAAUUUUCUGUACUUUGCUGGGAUUUGGUGAUUUCUGUUAUGAAGGAUGUAGUUGGUUUGGUUUAACAUCAUGGAUAUUGGGUGUGGUUGUAAUGUGGGUGUGGCUGUGAUGUGGACAGGGAGGAGGCAGUGGUGGUGGUGGUGGUGGUGUUUUUCCCUCAAAUCAGUGGAGCUAGGUCAUAAUAAGAAAUUAAACAUAAGUAUGGACAGCAGGAGCCUCAGCAGGAGCAGGAGCAGGAGCAGAAGCAGGAGCAGGAGCCCUACGGAUCGUAAGAUGCGUACUGAUCGCUUUUCCUAUCGCGAUGCACCUUACAGGAGAGAUGGUGGUCGUCGGGGUGGUGGUUUCAGCCGAGACAAUCUAUGCAAGAAUUGCAAAAGACCUGGCCAUUUUGCUAGAGAAUGCCCUAAUGUUGCAAUUUGUCACAACUGUAGUCUUCCCGGGCACAUUGCCUCAGAGUGUACCACAAAGUCACUAUGUUGGAAUUGCCGCGAACCUGGUCACAUGGCUAGCAACUGUCCAAAUGAGGGCAUCUGCCACACCUGUGGCAAGGCUGGACACCGUGCUAGAGACUGCACUGCUGCCCCAAUGCCGCCUGGGGACUUGAGGUUGUGCAACAAUUGCUACAAGCAGGGUCAUAUUGCAGUUGACUGCACAAAUGAGAAGGCAUGCAACAACUGUCGGAAGACAGGUCACCUGGCUCGUGAUUGCCCAAAUGAACCAAUCUGUAACAAUUGCAAUGUAUCUGGGCAUGUGGCCAGGCAGUGCCCCAGAGCCAAUGGUUUGGCAGAGAGGGGAGGUGGUGGUGGUGGUGGUGGUGCAGUUCGCAGCGGGGGUGGCGGUGGCGGCUACCACCGUGACAUUGUAUGUAGAAACUGCCAGCAACUUGGGCAUAUGAGCAGGGAUUGCAUGGGCCCCUUGAUGAUCUGUCAUAACUGUGGGGGGAGAGGACACCUCGCAUACGAGUGCCCUUCUGGUAGGUUCAUGGAUCGCUACCCCAGGAGGUACUGACAAGUUAUAGAUCGUCUUAUGAUUGCAGUUACCUUGUUAUCUUGAGGAAGUGUUUCAGGUUUUAGAUUUUAAGUUGAAGGUUGGAGCGACCGUGAGGAGUUGAAUUGAUACGUUUUGGUAGCAUGUGUUUGUUUAUGCGGAGUAUUAAGUUUGCAUUAGAACUUAAUUUUGACCUUGUAUUAUUUCUGCAUUCUUCGGCUGUUGCUACAAAUAAGAACUGUACGCAAAUAUUGGAGUUGCCUGAUAAUGAGUUGUCAAGUUUCUGUCU